CCUAUUGGUUAUUAUUACGAUUUAAUAUUUACUAUUUACUAUAUUCUUAAACUAUUCGUUACUUUUAUAACUUGGUUUUAAUUAUAAAGUUUGGGCUUUAUAUUAUAUUCUAUAAAAAAUAUUUACAGAGUAAAAGCUCAAUAAAAAUCAAUAAAAAAUGAUGACCCUAAUAAAUCGGAUACUUGAUUGGAUUAAGAGUAAAUUUUGGACAGAAGAAAUGGAACUUACCCUCGUUGGAUUACAGUGUUCUGGCAAAACUACAUUUGUUCAUGUAAUUGCAUCUGGGCAAUUUAAUCAAGACAUGAUACCAACAGUUGGUUUCAAUAUGCGAAAAGUGACAAAAAAUAAUGUCACUAUUAAAAUAUGGGAUAUUGGUGGUCAGCCACGUUUCAGAUCAAUGUGGGAGAGGUAUUGCCGAGGAGUAAAUGCUAUUGUUUAUAUGGUAGAUGCUGCAGACACCGAUAAAUUAGAAGCUUCAAGAAACGAGCUUCAUAAUUUAAUAGAUAAACCACAAUUAGCUGGUAUACCUGUCUUAGUUUUGGGUAACAAGAGAGAUUUGCCAAAUGCUCUAGAUGAAGUUGAACUGAUUGACAGGAUGAAUUUAAAUGCAAUUCAAGAUCGAGAAAUUUGUUGCUAUUCAAUAUCUUGCAAAGAACAAGAAAAUAUUGAUAUUACUUUGCAAUGGUUGAUUAGCCAUUCAAAAUCUAAUCGUCAGUCAUCAACGUAAAACUAAUAUUGGAAAAUUUCAUAUCUAGCACUAAGUUUGUGCUAAAAAUAUUGAAUCAUUUCUAGAUUUAAUUUUUUGUUUAAGGCUGAUCCACCUUCAAUUUUCUUUUAUCCAAUAAAGAUAAAUUAAUGCCAUUUUUAUCAAUGCACUCCUGGUUAUAAAUUUAUAAUACAGCAACUAAGUAUAGAAGUUCUAAAUUUUAACAUUUAUAUAG